GGCUCGGCUCGGCACGGCACGGCUCGGGCGCUCGCCCCCGAUAAUGCAGAGCUACAAGUACGAUAAGGCGAUCCCGCCGGAGAGCAAGAAUGGGGGCAGCCCGGCGCUGAACAACAACCCGGCCAAGAGCAGCAGCAAGAAAGCCCUGCUCAUCUGCCUCGACUUCCUCUGCCUCGUCAUGGCUGGGUUGCCCUUCCUCAUCAUUGAAACGAGCACAAUCCAGCCCUACCAGCGGGGCUUCUACUGCGACGAUGACAGUAUCAGGUACCCGCUGAAGACGAUGGAGACGAUCAACGAUGCAGUGCUGUGUGCUGCGGGCAUCCUCAUCGCCAUCCUCGCUAUUAUAACAGGAGAGCUCUACCGCAUCCACUACCUGAAGGAGAAGUCGCGCUCCUUUAUCCAGAACCCUUACGUGGCAGCGCUCUACAAGCAGGUGGGCUGCUUCGUUUUCGGCUGCGCCAUCAGCCAGUCCUUCACAGACAUUGCCAAAGUGUCCGUCGGGCGCUUGCGGCCGCAUUUCCUGGAAGUUUGCGAUUUGGAUUUCUCCACCAUCAACUGCGCUAAGGGAGUUUACAUCCAAAACUACACCUGCAGGGGAAGCGACAGCAAGGUCCAGGAAGCCAGGAAAUCCUUCUUCUCCGGGCACGCGUCCUUCUCCCUCUAUACCAUGCUGUAUUUGGUGUUUUAUCUGCAGGCCAGAUUCACGUGGAAGGGAGCCCGCCUGCUCCGUCCCCUCCUCCAGUUCACCCUCAUCAUGAUGGCGUUUUACACCGGCCUGUCCCGUGUGUCGGACCACAAGCAUCACCCCACCGAUGUGCUGGCGGGCUUUGCACAGGGAGCCCUGGUGGCUUACUGCGUGGUGUUUUACGUCUCAGAUCUCUUCAAGCCCAAGACAAAGACUUGCCUGCCUCCACCGCCCAUCCGGAAGGAGAUCCUUUCACCUGUGGACAUCAUUGAGCGGAAUAACCAUCACAACAUGGUGUAGACCUUCGAGAAAUUGGAUGGGUGUUGUAUUUUAUUUUAAUUUUUUUUUUUUUUUGCAAAAAAUGACUGCUGACAGCAACUACCUGCUGCUCUCAAAUCUCAUCAGACAGUAGAAUGUAGGGAGAGACUUUCUUGCCCGACCAGUAAAGUCUUACUCUGUGGUCUUUUCAACUUGCGACAUUUGGAUGAAAGGGGUGGUGGUCAACUAAGUCAAAAGCGACCAUGAGAAAGGAAAAAGAAAAAAAAAAAAAAAACAAAAAACAAAAAAUAAAAAACAAAAGCCGAACAAACAAAGAGAGGUGCCGGAGUUCUGGAUGUGCAAUUGGUUUGAGUGUUCAUGUUGUAGUGAACGCCAAAUUGUUCAUAGCCUAAUGAACACUAAGGGAUUUUUGGAAAGCUGGCCAUCUUAGGUUUUUUUUUUUACUAUGAAGAUUUCCAAUGCCUGCGAGAAAAAAAAAAAAACAACUCACGACUAAAUUGUAUAGCACUAUAUAUGAGAAACAGCACUGAGUCAAGAUCUGGGAUUGGUUUGUAAGAGUUGCUUUUUUUCUCUUUUUUGAUACUAGUUUAUUUUUGCCUCCUCUAUUCCAUACUGUGACUUAGUUUAGAAGAAGCUUGCCCAGUCAAAGAUCUCUGAAGGGUCUCUGAUCAUACUACACGCCUUUAAUGAGCAGUCCUGAGACACGCAGUGAGGCUGAAUAACUCCAUCCUCCGCGCAGAGAAGCCACAUUUCUUCCUCUCCGCUUGCUCCCUGGCGAGGGUUUGUCCUGCCCGAGCCCCCAGGCGUGCACAGCACCCACAAAUGGCCCUUCAUGAAAAGAGCAUCCUCCGCUUCCCGGCCAUCCCCCCCCAAAAAAAUCGCAGCAGGUUUUCUGCGCGCCCGCGGGAGCUGGCGGUUUGCAAGUGGGUAGCGGUGGCUCUGCCCAAGACGCGUUCGCACUACGGCCUCGGGGCUGAGUCCCGGGGAAAACUUUAUUCUGCAGUUUCGGGACGGGCUGCUGGGCGGCACGUCCCAGCCUGGGUGUCAGUUGGUUUGUGCAUCCCCCCUCCUCCUUCUCCCCUGGGCACCCCGGUGUGUGCCACAGCAGGUACCAGGUCCUGUGCUUUGCUCGGUGACACCGGUGGUAAAUCAGUUGUGCCUAUAUCGAGUGUGAUUUAUUAUUUUUUUUGCCCGGAAACCCCAGGUUCUUGGUUUGCAGCCCUUUCACAGAACGCGUUUGCAAAGGGAUCCCGCAAAGCAUGCAGAAUGGCCAUUUGCACAUCCUUCUUACAGAAUCCGUCCUAUCAUUUCAACUAUAGCAAGCUAUGAUUUUUUUUAUAUAUAAAUAUUAUAUAAAUAAUGUAUAAAACCUUAAAAAUUAACUAUGUAAAAUAUUAUUUCUGAAACAAUUUUAGAUAUAUCCACUAUGACUAUAAACUGUGUCCUGACCUGUGUUAUUUACAUUUUGCUGCUUAAAAAAGCAUUGAAUUAAUUUUUUUAUAGUCGACUAAAAUAUUGUAGUUCUGUGGUAGUAAUAUUUUAAUGAAAAUAACUACAAUUAGAGACAUUUGUAUAAAAAAAAUCAUA